AUUUUGUCAAUUAAUUCUGUUACCUUCGUAGUUGUCAACCACCACAUGGAGACACUGAAAACAGGAGGGAUAGAGAGUGGAAACUUCUCGGUGUUGUCAGUUGACAGCAAGUAUAAUCAACUACUUGUAGGAGCAAGAGAAAAUGCAUUCCUAGUGGAUCUUGGAGACAUAAAUAGUUUUGAAUCCUGGAAUUUGACCAGCCCAAGCCUUGGAUGUGAUAAAGGACAGAAUGGUUCUUGCCAUAACUAUGUGAAGUUAAUGCUGCCAUUUGAGGAGAGGAUAUUUAUCUGUCUGACAGUGGGCUGCACCUGGAGAAAUAGGACAAAUUUGGAUGCAGCACCAGGCAGAGAUAGAAAUCAGAAUGUGUUUAUAAAUGAUGAAAAUUAUCAUAGCAGACCAAGUCAAAAUGACACAGGUGUCAUAACAGAAGAUGGAAGAGUCUUCAGAGGAACAAUAAAUGUGGCAACAAGAUUAUCCAUGAUUCAUAGUAAGAGUUUUAAGCCCAGAAUUGGAGAACUGGCCACUGAUUUUACGUCUGAAAGAGACCUUUACUUUGAUGUACAUUUUGUCAAGAGUUUCAUCAUUGGGAAUUACGUGUAUGUCUUUUUUCGUGAGGGAACAUUGGAAUGCGCAAGCUGUGGAAACAAUGGCCCGCCAUCUUCAGCAAUAUGUGUGUACAAUUUGACGGAUGUCAAUAAUGUUUUUCACACGAGUCCUCUCAAGAGUAGAGAGGCAGGAAGUGGAAAGUGGGUGACCUUGGAGAACAAAUUUAGAAAGUAUUUUGAGGGGUGCAAAAUAAACAAGACGUACUUGAUUCCUAAACCCCGUCCAGUCCCAGACGGUUUGAUGGGAACGAAGAACAUGCUUUUUAAAGUGUAUCGAGACCUCUUGCACGAUCCUCUUAUGCGUGAUCCAGUGCUACCCACCAGCCUCGACUCGGUUCAAAACCAAGGGAACAAAGCCUGGUUUGUCAAGGAUGGGAUCAGGAUGACAGCCAUUGUUCUGGACAAAGUUGGUGAACACACUGUUGUAUACACAUCAACAGACCGAGGAUCUGUGCUUAAAAUUUCACAAGUUGCUGGCCUUCUUCAACCCUGCCUUCUCACCGAAAUCGACCUUUUCCCGAUCAACAGACAAGAAGUCAUAAAAGCUAUGACGAUUGAUCCAAAACAGCAUGUCCUGUACCUCGGCUCAGAAACAGUUCUUAAAAAGUUGAGGUUGAAGCAGUGUGGCAAUCACACGGACCGUAGGUCCUGUUCAUCUGCUAUUGAUCCUCAUUGUACAUGGAUGAAGAAAACAAGGCGUUGUGUUUCAGUUCUAUCCUUAAGAGAGGAAUUGGGAAAAGGCUGGAGUACUUGUCCAAAGAAAAUAGAACUAAUCGCAUGGUCCCCUUGGAAAACUUGUGAAGGCAGUGAUGGAAAUCUUUGUCGAUGUCAAGCUCGUCCCUGCCAGGACAGGCAAAACUCCUCCUGUCAGGGUGGAUACGAAUUACGAUUUGAAAACUGCACAGUGGACAUAAAUGUCGGAUGGGAAGGGAGAGAAGAAUGGGAGAAGUAUGGUGUGCAACACGGCAACUGGGGUGCAUGGGAUACUUGGACGGAUUGUGAAACAAAGCCAUGGGUUGGGGUAAGAAAGCGGACAAGAAACUGUACUAAUCCAGUCCCCAGGAGGGGAGGGAGACCGUGUGUAGGAGAGGCUGUGCAAUUUGAGUCCUGUAACUUGGGAAAACACGGUAAGAAGUACUGGUAAAUGGUCUUCUGUUACUUUAAAGUUACAGCACUU